GACGAAGACGACUACGACGCCGACUACUACGAAAACCUGCCCGGCGGCUGGCAGCCUGCGCCCGAGCCUGAGGGGGCGGAGGCGGAACGGCGUCCCCCGCCUCCCCCAGCGGCGAGCUCCUCCCUGGGGGCGGAGGGCGGCCGCCUGGAGACAGGCAGGCUGCGGACCCAGUUGCGAGAGGCCUAUUAUCUGCUGAUCCAGGCCAUGCACGACCUGCCCCCUGACUCGGGAGCGCGGCGGGGCGGCGGGGGCUUGGCGGAUCACGGCUUCCCCGCGGGAGCCCGGGCUCCGGGCCAGCCGCCUUCCCGCGGCGCUGCGGACCGCCGAGCCUGUCCCCGAGACGGGGAGCGGAGAGGCGGCGGACGGCCUCGGCAGCAGGUGUCCCCGCCCCGGUCGCCUCAGAGGGAGUCGGGGGGAGGCCAGCUGCGGACUCCUCGGAUGCGGCUGUCCUGCAGCAGAAGCCUCGAGAGCCUCCGGGUGAGUGCCAAGCCGCUUCCCUUCCAGCGGUGGCCGAGCGACAGCUGGAUCAGGUGCGGCGGGCACGGGGACUGGGACGAGCCCCCGCCACGUGGAGGCAGGAUGGACGGCUGGAGUGGGGACCGCGCCCGGGCGGCUGCACCCACCGGCCUCCAGCCUCCAGGCUCCAAGGACCACGGCUGCUCCUCGGGAAGCCCUUUCAGGGAUCCAGCGGGGUCCUCUGUGAUACGCAGCGGCAAAGGAGACCGCCGGGAAGGCCCCUCCUUCCUCAAGCCGCCUGCAGUGACAGUCAAGAAGCUGCAGAAGUGGAUGUACAAAGGGCGUCUGCUGUCCCUGGGAAUGAAGGGUCGUGCCCGUGGGACGGCCCCCAAAGUCACAGGAACGCAGGCAGCCUCCCCAAAUGUGGGCGCUUUGAAAGUGCGUGAAAACAGUGUCCUGUCGGUGCCCCCAGACCAAAGAAUUACGCUGACAGAUUUAUUUGGAAAUGCCUAUGAGUCUUCAAUGAAGAGAAGAGAACUUGAAGAUCUGAAGGAUAAUAUUGAAUUCAGAGGUCAUAAGCCACUUAACAGCAUCACUGUUUCAAAGAAACGCAAUUGGCUAUAUCAGAGUACUCUGAGAUCUCUUAAUCUGGAAGAAGAAAAUAAGAAAUGCCAAGAUAAAAGUCAUUUAUCCAUCUCACCUGUGUCUCUACCUAAAUAUCAGCUAUCACAGUCUUUCCUCAAAUCAUCUAAAGAGUACUGUACAUAUGUGGUAUGUAACGCUACAAACUCUUCAUUAUCGAAAAACUGUGCUUUAGAUUUCAAUGAGGAAAAUGAUGCAGAUGAUGAAGGAGAAAUAUGGUACAACCCCAUUCCUGAGGAUGAUGACCUUGGUAUGUCAAGUGCCUUGAGGUUUGGUGAGGUUGACUCUGCUGUUCUGAAGCUCCCUGCUGUCAAUUUAAGCAUGUUGUCUGGCAGUGACCUGAUGAAAGCAGAGCAGCAUACUGAAGACUCGCUGUGCUCUUCCGAACAUACAGGUGAUAUUCAGAGCACAUGGUCAAAUGGAAUGAAUCCUAUGGAUCCUGCCCGUUCCACAGAAUUUGUGCAGCAGUACAAGCAAAGGCUAGGACACAAGACACAAGAAGGUGUAAUGGUAGAGGACAGUCCUAUGUUGAAAUCUUUUGCAGGUUCAGGGAUCCUGGCUGCUACAAAUAGUACUGAAUUGGGAAUUAUAGAACCAUCUUCUCCAAAUCCUAGCCCUGUGAAAAAAGGCAGUUCAAUUAAUUGGUCUUUGCCAGAUAAAAUAAAAUCUCCACGAACUGUGAGGAAACUUUCCAUGAAAAUGAAAAAGUUGCCAGAAUUUAGCCGAAAGCUAAGUGUUAAGGGAACAUUGAAUUAUAUAAACAGUCCAGAUAACACUCCUUCUUUGUCUAAAUAUAACUGCCGAGAAAUUCAUCAUACUGAUGUUCUGCCCUCUGGGAACACAACCACAGCUGCUAAGAGAAAUGUUAUAAGCCGAUACCAUCUUGAUACCAGUGUAUCCUCCCAGCACAACUACCAGAAGAAAAACUCUAUGAGUUCUAAGUAUUCCUGCAAAGGUGGUUACCUUAGUGAUGGAGACUCACCUGAACUUAUAACUAAAGCUAGCAAACAUGGAUCUGAAAACAAAUUUGGAAGAGGAAAAGAAAUAAUUUCAAAUAGUUGUAGCAAGAAUGAAAUAGACAUUGAUGCUUUUAGGCAUUAUAGCUUUUCUGAUCAACCUAAGUGUUCACAGUACAUAUCUGGGCUCAUGAGUGUACAUUUCUAUGGUGCUGAGGAUUUAAAACCACCUCGGAUAGAUUCAAAAGAUGUCUUUUGUGCAAUUCAGGUAGAUUCAGUAAACAAAGCAAGAACAGCUUUGCUCACAUGUCGAACAACAUUUUUAGACAUGGAUCACACUUUCAACAUAGAAAUUGAAAAUGCACAACAUUUGAAACUAGUAGUAUUCAGCUGGGAACCCACUCCAAGAAAAAAUCGAGUUUGUUGUCAUGGAACUGUUGUUCUUCCCGCCUUAUUUAGAGUGACAAAGACUCAUCAAUUGGCUGUCAAACUUGAACCUAGAGGUCUUAUUUAUGUGAAAGUGACUCUUAUGGAACAGUGGGAGAAUUCUCUUCAUGGACUAGACAUAAACCAAGAACCAAUAAUAUUUGGAGUUGAUAUUCAAAAAGUUGUAGAGAAAGAAAAUAUAGGACUGAUGGUGCCCCUUCUGAUACAGAAAUGUAUUAUGGAAAUUGAAAAGAGAGGCUGUCAGGUAGUAGGCCUGUAUCGAUUAUGUGGUUCGGCAGCAGUCAAGAAAGAACUGCGAGAGGCUUUUGAGAGAGAUAGCAAAGCUGUUGGUCUGUGUGAAAACCUGUACCCAGAUAUAAAUGUAAUAACAGGUGUUCUUAAGGAUUAUUUAAGAGAACUCCCUUCUCCUCUGAUAACAAAGCAACUUUAUGAGGCUGUAUUAGGUGCAAUGGCAAAAAGUCCUUUGAAAAUGUCAUCAAAUGGUUGUGAGAAUGACCCAAGUGACUCUAAGUACACUGUUGACCUGCUGGAUUGUCUGCCUGAGAUUGAGAAGGCAACCCUAAAGAUGUUAUUGGAUCAUUUGAAAUUGGUGGCUUCCUAUCAUGAAGUGAAUAAGAUGACAUGCCAGAAUUUGGCUGUGUGCUUUGGACCAGUGUUAUUAAGUCAGAAGCAAGAGCCUUCAUCACAUAACAACAGAGUCUUCACUGAUUCAGAAGAACUUGCAAGUGCUUUGGAUUUUAAAAAACACAUUGAAGUUCUUCAUUACUUACUCCAACUCUGGCCAGUGCAGCGUUUAACUGUCAAAAAAUCAACAGACAGUUUAUUCCCAGAGCAGAAGUCUUCUCUGAAUUAUUUGAGGCAGAAGAAAGAACGACCUCAUAUGUUAAAUUUGAGUGGUACUGAUUCAUCAGGAGUACUUAGGCCAAGGCAAAACCGAUUAGACAGUCCACUUAGCAAUCGUUAUGCGGGAGACUGGAGCAGCUGUGGGGAAAACUACUUUUUAAAUACAAAAGAAAAUUUAAAUGAUGUGGAUUAUGAUGAUGUCCCUUCAGAAGAUAGAGAAAUUGGAGAAAAUUAUAGCAAAAUGGAUGGGCCAGAAGUAAUGAUUGAACAGCCAAUUCCCAUGUCCAAAGAGUGUACAUUUCAGACAUAUUUGACAAUGCAGACAAUUGAGUCUACAGUGGAUCGAAAAAACAAUCUCAAAGAUCUACAAGAAAGUAUUGAUACUUUGAUUGGAAAUCUGGAACGUGAACUCAACAAAAACAAGCUUAAUAUGAGUUUUUGAGAUUGAGAGUUUUUCUGGUUUUUUUUUUUUUGUAAUGUCUUAAAGUUUCAAAUCUGUUUUUCUUUGCUUUCUUUUCUUAUACCACCCACAGUGAUGUUUUCAUUUUAUUACUCUUGAAAUCUUUAAUUUCUAAUAAGUUUAUCUGAUUCAAUUAAAAACACUAUUCAUUAAUAUAAUUUUUACUUAUCUCCCUAGAAAACUUUUCUGGGGAUCAAUAAAACUUGGACAUCUUGGGCUAUUUUACUAAAUCUUGCCAAGUCUAUGGAGAUAACUUUCAAAUGCACUUAAGAAGGUUCACAUAAGUUAUUAUCCCCUCAAGGUUUUUCUGCUUUAUGGGAACCACUCUUCUGUAGCUGAGACAGAUGUUCUUUUUUUGUUGUUUUUUGAGACGGAGUCUCACUCUGUUACCCAGGAUGGAGUGCACUCGUGCGAUCUCAGCUCACUGCAACCUCCACCUCCCCAGUUCAAGUGAUUCUCCUGCCACAGCCUCUCGAGUAGCUGUGAUGACAGGCGCCCACCACCAUGCCCAGCUAAUUAUUGUAUUUUUAGUAAAGACGGGGUUUCACCAUGUUGGCCAGGCUAGUCUCAAACUCCUGACCUCAGGUGAUCUGCCCACCUUGGCCUCCCAAAGUGCUGGGAUUACAGGCGUGAACCACCACGCCCGGCCUUUAGAUGUUCUUUUAGAGGAACAUCACAGCUGUUGUCUGAUUUGCAGUACGGGUCCUGGUACACUGCAACAUCCUUUGGUCACAUUUGUAAUGCAAAUGCUGCUAUAAGAAAAUCUUUUUAUAAAUAAAAGUGAAAUUAUACAAGUAUUAAUGUAUUCUGUAUUAACAGUAAUUUAAGCUUAUAAAAAUUAAAUAUUUUUAUAAUCCUGAAACUAUGUAUAUAUUUAUAAAUGCAUAUAUGUAUAGAUAUCAGGAUGGGGGAGGGAUUACUGUAGAAUCGCAUGUAUUUUUAAAGUAUAUAUGUCAUGAGACCAAAAUUAUUAUCUUAAAAUAUUUUUUUCAGGGAGAGAACAUUUGAAUUAAAGGAGGAAUUACAUAAAAACACCUGAACAAAAAUAUUCUAGAAGCAUCUGA